AUGAAUAAUUUGGUUAGAGAUGAUGAAGCUUCUUCUUCUUCUUCUAUCCAUGGAGAUAUCUUGGAAUCGAUACUCUCACGUGUGCCGCUCAUAGACCUAGUACAGGCGUCGCGCGUGUCAAGUUCAUGGAAUUGUGCCGUCGCCGCCUCUCUCUGCCACCAAAACAGUCCAAAGCCAUGGCUAACCUUAAACCCUAAAUUCCCUCCUCGUACCAAUUCAAUCAUAUCCCAUUCUUAUGACCCACGUUCAAACAUCUGGAACCGAAUUGAAACCCCACAUACAAUCGCUACCCACUCAUCCGCACUCCGAUCCGACGGCUCUAAUCUCCUCUACUCCAUAUCACCAUCCGGCCUAACCUUCUCCUCUGAUCCUCUGCAUCUCACCUGGCACCAAUCCACCGGUCCCAAGGUUUGGCGGGUCGACCCGAUUGUUUCUCUUGUUGGUACCCGACUAGUAGUUGCGGGCGGUGGCUGCGAGUUCGAGGAUGAUCCUCUUUCCGUUGAAGUCUACGAUGUUCCGACCCGAUCUUGGAGUGACGCUGGGUCAAUCCCAAUUGGACUCAAGGAAUCCGGUUCGUCCACGUGGCUGUCGACUGCCACCGAUGGCCGGAGACUGUUCGUGACGGAGAAAGAGUCCGGACUUAUGCAUGUAUUCGACCCGGAAACUAAAAUAUGGUCCCCUCCUUACUAUCUACCAAGGGACCCAACUGUAUUCAGCUCAAUUAUCACCUUCACCGGUGACAAGCUGUUCUUAAUCGGUCUAAUUGGGGAGAGGGGGAAUAUGGAGAAAUUGAAGAUUUGGUCACUUAAUUUGGAAAGUUUAGAGAUUGAAGAAGAAAUUGGGGAGAUGCCGAAGGAGAUGAUGGAGGAGAUAAGAAGAGAUGGUUUUCAAGCUUACUCUUUAAGCGUUUCCUCUGCAGAGAAUUGGGUUUUCAUAUACAAUUCUUCGCAAAUAAAAGGAGUCUAUAUUUGCGAGGUCGUCAGCAGUGGCGGCGGCGGCGGCAAGGGAUGUAGGUGGAUGAGAGAGAACAAUAUUGCGACGGCGGGCAAGGACAAUAGAAUGGUGGUGACGAGUUCUAAAGUGGGGAUUCAUGACAUCGGAAAGGCUUUGGAUUUGAUGGCGGGGAAUCGGAAGGAGAACGAGGCUUUCAGUUAUUUCAAAGAAGAUCCAUAUUUGUGUAAUGUGGUUUUGGCGAUAAUGGUGCUAUCAUGGUUAUGCAAAGUUGUUUUUUGUGAUAAUCGUGUUAUCAUGCCUGAAGGUGUGAGCAUUGGUACUUUCAGCCAUUAUAUGCCAUUAUACUUCUAG